AUGGCGUACUAUCUCUACGCCCGCGACGUUGUUUCCGAUGUGAAGUCGGUCCCAGAUACAUUCUCCAGCUGGGAUAAAUGCAUGCAGAAAUCAUAUUGCAAGUGGCCUGUGAUUGCCGCGAUUGUCAUCGGCUCACUCAUCCUACUUUCUGUCCUCUUCUGUGUCGCUCGAUGCCUUUGCUGCGGGGUUGAAAUCUGCUCUUGUUGUUUGAGCUGCUGUGGCGGUUGUUGUCGGGGAGGUCGAAGUCGUGACCGUCCUACAAAGUUCAAAGACGACUACACUCGCAUGCCUCCUGCUCCAUACCAGGGAUACCAGCCUGCUCCCAGCCCCAUGGCUUACGGCAACCCCAAUGUACCUCAAUUCGCGACUUUCGACGAUCCCAGCACCAAGAGAAUGAUCAACGAGGAUGCUCUUCCACCCAUGCCCAGCUGGGACACUGCAACCAAGCGAAGAGUCGAGGACACCAGUGAGCCACUACAGCCGAAUGCGAACGGCGAUCUGGAGAUGGGAAGACUCGACUCUCAACCGCAGAGGGCGAGAGGGGGCUACAAUAGCGUGCCUAACGGACCCAUGUCACCUAUAUCACCACAUCCGCAAUCAGAUUAUCUCCACAACGGCGCUGGCAUGAACCACUCGUACAACGGCGACUUGGGCGAUCAAAGACUUCUGGGCAAUAACGGUCAGGACAGCUUCCAGCCCGUCCCGCUUAGCCCGCCUCCAACCUACCGCUCCAAUUCCCAAGCGCCUUCAGUUACAAGCAGCUCGGACAGAUUCAUCGCUGGCGCUGCUAACCCAAGCCCUUACGAGUACAGCCGAGGCCCACAGCGGCAGUCAGGCUAUCAACAUUCCUAUGCUCCAACCAGCGACGUGAGCACGAGAUACGAGCCGUCGCAGAGUGAUUACAGUUCACACAGAAUCAGUAUGCCCAAGCCGUUCAAUCCUGUGCCAUCCUCACAGGUGCAAGCUCCAUAUCCAGAAUCCGUUGCGUCACCAUAUGAAGCGCGGCCGCCGAGUUUCUUACAGGUGGGAAGAAAACCCAUCAGUGGAAGUAUGAGGGAAGUUUGA